CGGCUGAAAUAAAUGUUAUACCAGCAGAAGAAAGAAUAAAUUCAACAGAAAUCAUAUUCCCAAGACUUGAGGCCAUAAUUGCCGCAUAGACCCCCCAUUUCAUCCGAGACUGUGCCCAACAACACGCCAACAGAGACGGCAACCACAUCUGCAAGGCGUGACAUAAACUGAAACAUUUUCCAUCAGCAGACGACCCCUUGCAGCACCUCUGCGGUUCAAGUUGAAGGCGACCAAAUCUUAUUUUUAGCUAGUAGGCCAUAGCUAAGGUGUCCGCGGCGUCUGUCUGGUGCUCUUUCAUAUAUUUUUGGCGGCCAAAUAUAACAUACAUAUCUAUUACAAUGACCAUAAUUCGGCUGGAAUCGUCGGAUAAGGAAAUAUUCGACACGGACACGGAGAUCGCCAAGUGCUCGGAGACCAUCAAGACUGCUCUCGAAGAUCUGGGCGAUGAAGCCGACAAUAGCGUGCUGCCCUUGCCAAAUGUCAACUCGCUCAUUUUGAAGAAGGUGCUCCAUUGGGCCACCUACCACAAGGACGAUCCCGAGCUGGCUGAAGAGGACGAAAACAAGGAGAAGCGCACCGAUGACAUUUCGUCAUGGGAUGCCGAUUUCUUGAAAGUGGACCAGGGCACAUUGUUCGAACUCAUUUUGGCUGCCAACUAUCUGAACAUUCAGGGAUUGUUGGACGUCACAUGCAAGACUGUGGCCAAUAUGAUCAAGGGGAAGUCGCCCCAAGAGAUCCGGGAGACUUUUGCCAUUAUGAACGACUUCUCGCCAGCCGAGGAGGAGCAGGUGCGAAAGGAAAACGAAUGGUGCGAGGAGAAGUGAAGCCAGCAGUGCAGUGCGGAGCCAUGAAUUGGUUGUGCAUAAAGUACAUUUGAUUUACCUCUUUUUACCUCUCAUAUUAUGUUGUCCAUUUUGUUAUCGGCUAAAACCGAAAAUAAAUAAUCUAAAAAUUAAGCUGA